GGAUAUUUGCAUAAUUUUAAUUUACUCAGGCUAGUAAUAAGACAGGGCAAAGUAGGCAUGUGUGCACACGCUAACGAUGCUCCGGCGAUGGUGCCAUAUUUACAUCGUUUUUUUGUUCGUUGCCUGCUUAGGUUCGAUAGAGUGUCAAGAUGAUAUGAAAGACGGCUACGGGUACAGCUGGCUGAUGUUAGUCGACGAAGCCUUAAAUCGGCACCUGUUGAAUUUCUCCGUUCUACCCUCUCAUGGCAUACGCUAUGGGAAGCCUGUCUUUUACUUAUACACUAGGAACAAUAGAGAAGAUCCAGAAGUGUUGUUUAUUCCUAAUGAUGAAGAGUAUUUGAAGAGUAUAUACUUCAAUGGUUCCAAUGAUAUUAGAGUUGUGACACACGGCUGGAUGUCAGACUACCAGGUCGGCUGGCUGCAAAGUAUAAAAGAUACACUCUUACAACAUUACGAUUUAAAUGUAAUAACUAUUGACUGGGCGUAUCUCGCUAAAAAUCCGAUAUAUCCAUGGUCAGCCUUAAUUACUCGGUUCGUGGGUAAACAAACGGCGAAGUUGCUUGAUGCAUGCACAAACACCUAUGGUGUAGGUCGUCACCGCAUGCAUCUGAUCGGGCAUAGUCUAGGAGCUCAAGUCAUGGGGUAUGCUGGCAUGUUUUUAAAUAGUGAAGUGCACAGAAUAACUGGUCUAGAUCCAGCAAGACCAUUGUUUGAAUUACCUCUAUUGCCAACAGAAUUUCGUUUAGACGAAAGCGACGCGCACUUUGUGGAUAUAAUUCAUACGUGCGCCGGACUGUUUGGUUACGAGGAUAGUUACGGUCACGCUGACUUUUAUCCCAACGAAGGCACCACUGAUCAGCCUGGAUGUCCACCAAAACGGGAACUAUUAGAUAGCUGCAGCCACGGACGCGCCGCAAUUUAUUUCGCAGAAUCGAUAGGAUAUCCGCAUGGUAGAGGAUUCAAGGCUUACCCUUGCGAUAUCUGGGAAAAUUUUAAAAUGGGUCUUUGCAGAAAGAAUAAAACAAUAAUGGGAUAUCUCGCCUCCCCGGAUAGUAGAGGAGAUUACUAUCUUCGCACAAAUAGCGCCCCACCGUAUGCAAUAGAAGACGUUAAUUAUAUAUAAACAAUUGUAUUAAUUUUUAGAAAUAUAAGUUGGCAAUAAGCGAAUUAUUUUUGCUUGUUUAUGGUCGGUUUUUACAUUCAAGCAAUAAUAUUGGCCACCAUAGCGCCACAAUAGACUUGGCACAAAAUUUUCAACUCAUUGUUAAGGUUCUUGCUCGCGGAGAGGGACUAUAUUACCU